UACCGGAAGCAUGUGUGUUCAGUUUAGUGAAGUUGCUGAAGGUGGUACCUAGUUUGACGUUGUUUUGUGUUACAGCAGCGAGGUCCGAAUAUGGGGAAAGCAGACUUUCUAAGUCCCAAAGCCAUCAGCAACAGGAUAAAGUCUAAAGGUCUUCAAAAGUUGCGCUGGUAUUGCCAAAUGUGCCAGAAACAGUGUCGCGACGAGAAUGGCUUUAAGUGCCACUGCAUGUCAGAGUCUCACCAGAGGCAGCUCCUACUGGCUUCCGAGAACCCCAUCAAGUUCAUGGACUUCUUUUCACAGGAAUUCAAGAAUGACUUUCUAGAGCUUCUAAGGAGACGCUUUGGGACAAAGCGUGUUCACAACAACAUUGUUUACAAUGAGUACAUCAGCAACAGGGAGCACAUCCACAUGAAUUCUACCCAGUGGGAGACACUGACAGACUUCACUAAAUGGCUUGGGAAGGAAGGUUAUUGUAAAGUUGAUGAGACACCUAAAGGGUGGUACCUUCAGUACAUUGACCGUGACCCCGAAACAAUCAGGCGGCAGGAGGAGCUGGAAAAAAAAAAGAAGCAGGACCUGGAUGAUGAAGAGAGGAGUGCCAAGUUUAUUGAAGAGCAAGUGCGCCGAGGCAGAGAAGGGAAAGAUGAGGAAGAACCAGUUUACACUGAAUUAAAACGAGAAAGUGAAGAAGAAAAAGUGGCUUUUAAUCUCAGCAAGGGAGCGUGUUCUUCUGCUGCAGGCCCCUCCAAAACAAGUUCUAGCCUAGGUCCUAGUGUGCUCCAGGCUGCAGCUUCAGUGAAGAGGAAAGAGUCUGGUCAUGCUUCUGAGACCAAGGAGAAGAAAAAGAAAUCCGCCUUGGAGGAAAUUAUAGAGAUAGAAGAGAAGAAGAAAUCUGUGCGGACUGACAACUGGCUGCAGCCUGACAUAGUAGUAAAGGUCAUCACAAAUCAGCUGGGAGAGAAGUACUACAAGAAGAAAGGAGUGGUUAAGAGAGUGCAAGACAAGUACGCAGCUGUGGUAAAGAUGAUCGACUCUGGUGACAAACUGAAACUGGACCAGAGCCACCUGGAGACGGUCAUUCCUGCACUAGGGAAACAGGUUCUUGUACUGAAUGGGGCCCACAGAGAGACUCUAGCCAUUCUGGACAGCAUUGAUGAGAAGAACUUCUCUGCCAGGCUUAUUUUGGACUCGGGACCCCUGAAAGGGAAGACUAUUGAUGGAAUCCCUUAUGAGGACUUCUCCAAACUGGCCUGAUGGUCUUUGCAGUGUGAUGUAGUUUAAGUUGAAUUGUUGUCAUGUUUCUAAUAUCUGGUAUUUUCUUUUUUUUUUUUUUUUUGUGAUUCUUGUAAAUAUUUUUGAACAGUUUAAGUUUACAGCUAUGAUUGAAUUUUAAUUAGAACUGUUCAAUAAAGAAAUGGUCUUUUUUA